AUGACUCCUUUUAUACCUUUGAUUUUUCAAUUCUUUUCAUCUUUUGACUUAAAAACGUUGCAGGCAGUAGCCCCGUACUUGAAAAUACUCACAUCGAUACCCUUCUGGGCUGUUUGUGCCGCUCAGUUCGGAAACCUGUGGGGUUUGAACCUCAUCCUCACCUACACUCCGAAGUACCUCUCCGAAACGAUAGGUUUCAACUUGAAGGAGUCUGCCGGAUUGGCUUCCCUUCCCUAUCUCGCCAGAAUGACCGCCAGCGGGAUGUUCGGUAUCCUGGGGGACUGGAUGCUGAAAAAAGAAAUCAUGUCGGUGACUCGCCUAAGAAAGUUCUUCAUAAUUUUCUCCCACUUUAUUCCCGCCGCUUGUCUGUUCAUGAUUCGCGUCGCUGGGUGUAACCAAGUCGGAGUCGUCGCUCUUCUCAUUCUGUGCCAGUUCUUCAAUGGCGCUGUUGUGGUCAGUCACUUUAUAAACCCGCAAGAUUUGGCGCCCAAUUUUGCGGGGUCGGUUUUUGGAGUGAUGAACUUCAUCGGGAUGACAACCGGGAUUUUCGUGCCAAAAAUCACAGGGGCUAUAACUACGCAUUAUAAUAAGAAUCUUGCGGGGGCUACUAUUAUUUACACAAUUGGGGGGAGCGUCUACUUCUGCGGCGGGCUCCUUUUCAUCAUUUUUGGAACGGCUAAAACUCAGCCUUGGAAUGAAAUAAAAGAAACGGAGCCAGAGCCAAAUCAAGGGAACAAAUAAAAUGCGUUUUUAUUAAA